ACUAAGGCCAGGUUGAUACUGUGACGGGGAUUCAGUUUCCGCGUGGACUUGACACGAGUUGCAGUGUUUAAAAAUAAUUAUUUAUAAAUUUAAAAAUCAUUAUUUUGUUAAAGAAAAAAUUAGUGUUAAUUUUCUUUAUGUGAAUCAUGGUGGAAGCUAAAAUUUAUCUAUUUUUUUUCAUAACUUUGAUAUUUUUGACGACAAAAAUUAAUUCAUUGGAUAAUUCAACAGUUGAUGAAAGCAAUAAUGACGAUGAUGAUGAUGAUAUAAGUGAAUUGGAAUUUGAAGAAUUUAAAAACACAGUUCGAAGAUAUAGAAGAUUGAUUCCUUACAUGAGUUCAUUUGUUGCUAAUAAUUAUGUUAAUAAUCAGGGACAAAAUUAUGAAAGAGAUGAACAAUUACCACAACCGGAAAUGUUAAAGCAAACAAGAAGAUUAAUUAAACCAAGACCAGUUAAUAAUUAUCGAGUUAGCCAACAAGUACAACAACAACGACCAACGACAUUAAUUAAACAAGACAGAUUUGUGCCAUCAAUACAAUAUGAUCCCAAGGAUAUUGGAAAUGAUAAUGAUUAUUUUAGACCAGUUCAGUACACAAGUAAAAUUAAUAAUUAUGAUGACUAUUAUCGUGAGUAUGAUAGAAGACAAAAUUAUCCAGAUAUAACAACACAAAAUAUUCAAGACAGUAGAUAUUUCUCCAAGGAACAAACACAACGUGGACAGGUUGCUCAAAAUCCUCCAAUUUACGAACACGAGUACUCCAAACAAAAGCUGAUAAAUCCCCAAACAGAGUAUCUGAUUGACUACAUACCACGUCUAACAAAACAACAUCAACAACAAACACAAGACUACUAUCAAGUUGAAGGCUAUGAACCAAUAAGAUACGUAAAAAUUGAACCACCACGUAGUUUAUCUUAUUCUCAUCCUCAACGUCUCAUUCCACAACAUCAAUUUAAUCAUCAUCAUCAUCAUCAUCAACACCAAGUACAACAACAACAACAACAACAACGUAAUCCAAUAAUACAAAAUGACAAUAUUUUAAAAAGUUUACAAUUAACAAAUAGACUACCAGAAAUGUUAAAUCGUGAUAAUAUUGAUUCAAGUAUUAAAACAUUAGUUGAAAUACUUGGUUUAUUACAUGGUAAAAAAACAGAACAACAAAAAAUUCAAUUAGCUGAUUUUAAUUUACCAAUAAAUAAUAUUAAAAAUGAUCAUUUUAAUAAAAAAUAUAUUAGACCAAAAGUUGUUACUGAAUCACGUUAUCAAGCAACAUCAAAACCACUACUACAAUCAACAAUUGAUGAUACUGAUGAUGAUUUAAAUUUUAAAUCUGUUACAUAUAAAAAUAAUGAUAAAUCUAAAAUACCAUAUUCACCUUAUAAAUUACAAACACAAAAUCCAAGUGUUAUUGAAUAUUACACACCAACAAUUCAAGAUAUUAGUGAUAAUGAACAACCUGUUUAUGAUAAUUAUGAUAAUCAUCAUGAUAAUAUUGAAGAUGAACAACAAAAACCACAAUUAAUUAUAAAUAAUAAUGUAAAAUUAACAAAUAAUCAUGAUAUUAUUGAUGAAGAAGAAUUUGUUAGUGAAAAAAAUCCUGAACUACCAAAUAAACAUAUUAAUAUUGAUGAAAAAGUUGUUGGUAAUCCACUUGUUAUACCAACAAUGGCCAUUAAAUAUGGAGCAACUAGAGGUAAACCAUUUGUUGAUUAUCCAGCUUAUUCAUCAAUACCAAAAACUAAUUUUGAAUGUAAAAAACAAAGAUACAAGGGAUUUUUUGGUGAUCCUGAAUCAGAAUGUCAAGCAUGGCAUUAUUGUGAUUUAAAUGGUGGUAAAUCAUCAUUUUUAUGUCCAAAUGGUACGAUAUUUAGUCAAGCUGCUUUGACAUGUGAUUGGUGGUUUAAUGUCAAGUGUGAAUCAACAACACAAUUAUACGUUUUAAAUGAAAGAUUAUAUAAAUUUAUUCUACCUAUUAUGCCAAAAUUUCCUGAAGAUUUUACUGGUCCAGAAGCUGAUAAAUAUAUUGAACUUAAAUUCAAAGAAAUGGAAGAAAAAAUGAAAGAAAAAAAAUUAAAAAAAGCUAUGGAGAAAAAGACGAAAGAAAAAAUACAAUCAAAUAAUAAUAGCACCAUGUAAAAUUAUGGAUCUCAUGACCUGUCUCGUUGCCAUUAUUUUAUAUUUAAAUGAAAAAAAAAAAAUAAUCAACAAGUUUGAUUUUAAAUUUUACCUAUCAAAUUUAAAGAAUAAUAAUUUUUAAAUUUUUGUUUUUUAGUGGUGUUGAUUUUUAUAAUAUAUCAAAACGAAAAAAACGGGUAUAAAAAUAAUCCAAGUAUUUGUCUUUUUCUCUAGUCAUAUAUUAAUUUAAUUUUUUUCUAAUUUUUCUUUUUUCAAUGAGACUGUGCUUGAUCAUCAAACAGCGCUAUUAAGUACCUAAUUAUUAUUUUUUUUUCUUUAAAAAAUUUCACGUCAAAAUUUUUCUAUUAUUUAAAUUUUAAUUGAUGAUAAUUAUUGUUUUUUCUUUUCUACUUUUUUACGUGGUGAAGGUUUUAUUAUUAGCAUAACUUGUUAAAUUUUAUCAGUGAUAUUUAACGAAUAAUUAAAUGAUAAAAUAUAUUUUUUUUAAAUCAACGCAUCAAGUACCUUUAUAUUUUUUAAGAACCGUAUCAAAGUGUAAUAAUUUAUCCGACUUUGUUUUGUAAAUAAAAAUGAAAAUAAAUAUAUUUUUAAAUUGA